AUGGAGCUAGUGGGCCGUGAGUACUUCAACAAUUUGGCAAUGCGUUCCUUUUUUCAAGAAAUACAAAAUGUUGAAUAUUACUAUGAGUUUCGUGAAUAUGAGCAGUGCAAGAUGCAUGACAUAGUGCAUGAUUUUGCACAAUUUCUCACAAAAAAUGAAUGUCAUGCACUUGAUGGAAUUGGAAGAAAUUCAUCUAGUGAAAGACCACGUCAUUUAACAAUUUUGGAAGGCACUGAGGAGAUGUUUAGUUCUCGAGUCGUUGAUUUUGGACGGCUCAGGAGCUUUUUAACUUUUUCUGAAAUUGGAAGAGUAGUUCCCCAAAAUCUAUUCUGCAGGUUGAAGUGCGUGAGGACUCUGACUUUCAGCGAUUGUGGGCUAGCUGAAAUCCCAGCCGAGAUCGGAAGGUUGAUUCAUCUUCGGUACUUGGACUUAAGUGUUAAUCCUUUCGUGACACUACCAGAAGCUGUAUGUGAUCUAUAUUAUUUGGAAACUCUGGAUAUCACUUUUUGUUAUAAGCUUUCGAGCCUUCCUGAAAGGAUUGAAGGUCUUGUACACUUGAGGCACCUUUUCAAUCAUGGGACCUCUGAAUUACGUCAAAUUCCACAAGGACUCGAGAAGCUGACGUCACUUUGUACUUUGACUCGGUUCAUCGCCAGGAGUAACUUUGAUGAUUUGUCAAUUUUGAAGGACCUGAACCAAUUGAAAAUAUUGCGCGCUGUAAUUGAAGGAGAAGUAGAUUUUGGGGGUGCGGAACUCGAAAAGAAAAUCAACAUGCGUGAAAUGGAUUUGUGCUUUCGCUUGGGGGCCCACUUUAGAGAAACUCCAAGUUGCAUUGAAACCAUGGAACCACCUCCAAACUUGCAACGACUUUGGCUAGAUGGCUAUCCAGGAGCCCAGUUACCAAGUUGA